AUGGUUCAAGCACAGGCUUCUCUUGCUCUGGACGACCAGCUGGCCGCUGGCUGGUUUGGCUGGAUGAGAAAUAAGGGUAUCAUGAAACUCAAUGCCAUUUUGUGUCUGUCGCUCAUUUCCAGUUACGCGACUGGCUAUGAUGGAAGUAUGAUGAACGGACUUCAGAGUCUGGAUACGUGGAAAGCCUCAUUCAAUAAUCCAGAUGCCCAGAGACUUGCCAUUCUCAAUGCCAUCCAAAACAUUGGUCAAUUGGCAGCUCUUCCUUUCUGUGCCGGCUUCUGUGACAAGUUUGGUCGUCGACCAGCUUUAGUAACUGGCGCAUUCAUUAUGCUCAUUGGUGUCGGUCUUCAAGGCGGAGCCCAAAACACUGGAAUGUUCAUCGCAGCUCGCGGCAUCCUUGGUUUCGGUCUGGCCCUGAACAUCACAGCAGCCCCCGUCCUCAUUAUGGAACUGGCAUACCCUACACAAAGAGCACCCAUGGUCUCAAUCUACAACACGCUUUGGGGCCUUGGCGCUCUUUCAGCGGCCUGGAUUACUUACGGUACUUUCAGAAUCGAGAGCUCAUGGGCGUGGAGGAUCCCAUCCAUUCUGCAGGCUUUGUCAAGUGUUUUGCAGAUCUGUUUGUGUUUUGUUAUCGAUGAGUCGCCCAGAUGGCUGGUCGCCAAAGAGCGAGAGGAAGAGGCUGAGAGGCUCCUUAUCAAGUACCACGCCAACGGCGAUAGCAGCAACCCAGCUGUUGCAAUUGAGAUGGAGGAGAUCCGCGCUGCCAUCCGUCUUGAGAACGAGGCUAUGGAAUCUACAAGCUAUCUCUCCUUCUUCAAGACCAAGGGAAACCGUCGUCGUUUCUUUAUCAUCCUGUCUGUUGGUUUCUUCAGUCAAUGGAGUGGUAAUGGUUUGAUCAGCUACUACCUGACUCUGAUCCUCAACUCUAUCGGCUAUCGCUCACAAGAAACUCAAACUCUCAUCAACGCGUUGCUGACAAUCUGGGGCCUCUUCUGGGGUGUUAUAUUCUCACUCCUAGUCAACAAGAUCCCUCGCCGAACUCUUUUCCUUGGCUCUACACUCGGUACGCUGGCUACAUACAUCACAUGGACAGCGCUGCAGGCGACAUACGAGCAGUCAACCGAUGUCAACUCAGAUGGCACUGGUGGACCAAGCGGUAUUGCCAAGGGUGUUUUGGCCAUGAUCUUCCUCUUCAACGUCUUCUUCACUGCAGGUUGGGGUGUCUUGCAAGUCACAUAUGUUGUUGAGAUUUUGCCCUUCAACCUCCGAGCCAGAGGACUUGUGCUGUACAAUCUCUUCGUGGCAUGCGCUCUCAUCUUCAACCAAUACGCAAACCCAGUUGGUGUCACAAACUCCAAAUGGAAGUACUACAUCACAUACGAUGUGUGGCUGGCUGUAGAGGCUCUCGUUGUUUACUUCCUGUUUGUUGAGACACGCGGAUUGAGUCUGGAGGAGACAGCGUUGGUGCUUGAUGGCCAAGAGAUGGGAGAUAGGCUUGUUGGAGAAGUUCUGCGAAACACGGAGAAGACUGUUCAUGUCAUUGAGACUGAGAAGUCUUCUGCGUAG